AUGGUUAGGGAAGACAAGUCCACCUGGAAGUCCAACUACUUCCAAAAGCUUGGCGAGCUCUUCGAGGAAUACCCGAAGCUCUUCAUCGUCGGCGUCGACAAUGUCGGAUCCAAGCAAAUGCAGGAGAUCCGUAUUGCUAUGCGAGGACAUGCCGCUAUCCUGAUGGGAAAGAACACCAUGAUGCGUAAGGCCAUCCGUGGACUUAUCGGCAAGAACCCGCAUCUGGAGAAGCUGCUGCCUUACAUCGUCGAGAAUGUCGGCUUCGUUUUCACCAAGGAGGACCUCUCGGAGAUCCGUUCGCAGCUGCUGGCUAACAAGAGGGGAGCUCCGGCCAAGGCUGGUGCCCUCGCUCCUUGCGACGUCAAGCUGCCCCCGCAGAACACCGGCAUGGGACCUGAGAAAACCUCGUUCUUCCAGGCUCUGCAGAUCCCGACCAAGAUCGCCAAGGGUACCAUCGAAAUUCUGAAUGAGGUUCACCUCAUCAAGGUUGGAGAGAAGGUCGGCGCUUCGGAGGCCGCUCUCCUCAACAUGUUGGGCAUCCAGCCGUUCUCGUACGGUCUGGUCGUGCUCCAAGUUUACGACAACGGCACCAUGUACUCGCCGGCUGUGCUCGACCUGUCCACCGACGAUCUGCGCAACCGCUUCGUGCAGGGAGCUCGCAACGUCGCCGCCGUUUCGCUGGCCACCAAGAUCCCGACGCUUGCCUCCGUGCCGCACAGCUUGGCCAACGGACUCCAGAACAUGCUCGCCAUCGCUGCCACCACCGACAUCACGUUCGCCGCUGCCGAGAAGAUCAAGGCUUACCUCGCCGACCCGAGCAAGUUCGCCGCUGCCGCCCCGGCUGCUUCGGCUGCUGCCCCAGCCGCCGCCGCUGCUGCUCCGGCCAAGGUCGAAGAGAAGGAAGAGUCCGAUGAUGACAUGGGUUUCGGCCUUUUCGAC